CUGUAGUGACGUCAGCUCGUGGAACUUGUCACCCACAGUGGCAAGAUGGCUACGGAACCAAAUAAGACCGAAAUCCUGACGAUUUUCAAAAGAUUGAGAUCAAUUCCCUCAAACAAGGCUUGCUUCGACUGCGCUGCCAAAAACCCGAGCUGGGCCAGCAUCUCGUACGGCGUGUUCCUGUGCAUCGACUGCUCCGGCAUCCACCGCUCGCUGGGCGUCCACCUCAGCUUCAUCAGAUCCACAGAGUUAGACUCCAACUGGAACUGGUUCCAGCUCAGAUGCAUGCAGGUCGGAGGGAACGCCAACGCGGUGAGUUCGCAGCUCGGAGGUCAGCUGAUGUUUGGCCUCCUGGCGCCAUGCAGCCAUUCUUUUCUUCUCUCUGUUCAGUUUUCUAAUGAGUGGAGCAUAGCGCCCCCUGCAGCGCAGAACGGAGCCGCCGUUUCGCCCCAGCUGACCGACUCGGCGCCUAAAGCCCAGGAUGACGGCCAACCAGAGGACGGGCCGAGCAUCGACGGCCUGAGCACGUCGCCCAAAGCCUCCAUCGCUCCUUUCAMGUCUUGCGGUGUGCAUCUGUUGCUGCAGCUCGGAGCAAAGAAAGGUCUGGGUGCGCAGAAGGUGAGCAGCAAAAGCUUCUCUGAGGUGGAGAAGCAGGCGCAGGUGGCCGAGAAGCUGAGGGAGGAGCAGGUGGCCGAGGCCAAGAAGCAAGCCGAGGAGUCCAUAGUGGCGUCCAUGCGGCUGGCCUACCAGGAGCUGCAGAUCGACAGGAAGAUGGAGGAGAAGAAGCUGCAGAACCUGGAGGGGAAGAAGAGGGAGCAGGCGGAGCGGCUGGGGAUGGGCUUCGGCGGCCGCAGCGUCGUGUCUCACUCCGUGAUGUCAGAGAUGCAGGUGAUCGAGCAGGARACGCCGGCGGGAGCCAAGACGUCGUCCCGCUCCAAACUGGACCUGUUUGACGAGCCGGGAUUCACCUCCGGACCCCCAAAGUACAAGGACAACCCGUUCACGGUGGGAGACGGYUUCGGGUCGCGGUGGGACGCCGACGGCGGCACCGCCUCGUUCACCGCCGCCUGGGCUCUGGAGAAGGACGAGCCCAAGGAGGAAGUCACCAUCUCCAGCAUCCAGCCAAUCGGAGAGAGGCUGCCCACUUYUGGUACCAGUUCCAGCUGUAGUGGGUCCAAACGGUGGAACAGCACAGAAAUCGUCCCUGUUAGCCGAUCAGUCUCCGAUCGGCUAACAGGGACUACUUUCAGCAGCGGACUCAGCRCUGUGCUYCCUCCCACAGGCCGGGUUUCGGGUUUGGACAGCGUUCUUCCCUCCGGCCCGGACAUGGCCCAGUUCAAGCAGGGGGUGAAAACCGUGGCGGGGAAGAUGGCCGUCCUCGCCAACGGCGUGAUGAACACCAUCCAGGACCGCUACGGGUCGUACUGACCGGCGCCGGCAGAACCAUCCGGCAUCGCUCCAAACGGACGUGCGCGUUUGGGGCGAGGAGACGGGCGAGACGCGGGAAGGCUUGCAUGGGAAAGACGGCGUCCCCCGUCCUGUCCUCCACUAGAGACAGUAUUUCUUCCCUCAUUAGCAGAAUUGUGACUUUUAUUUUCAUAAACCAUCAGAAAGUAUCGAAUCUUUUCUAAAACAGCCGUUUUUCUGUCCACAACCUGCUGGUCGUAGAUUUUCAACCUGAGGACUUAAAUCUUUAUUUUCUUUAUCCAGAAAUUAAUGUGAUUUUGAUUCAUAACAUUUAAAGUUUUUGUUUUAUUGUGAUAUUAAAAACAAGGCGCCGUGUUUUCUUCAUAAAUCCAUCAUGUUUAAAAGCUGCUGACUUUCAGUUGAGUUUGGUUGUUUCUCUUCUGUAAGAAGCACCGAUUUCAGACCAGUCCUGAGCCGACGGCCGGGCAAUACGGAGACAAAUCAGGGCCARAAAGUUUGUUGAAAAAAUAAAAUAAACGAGAAGUUUUAAACUUCCACCAGUUUAAAAGUAAUUUUUUGAGUUUAAAAUCUUUUAAUUUUUUUUUUUUGGUUGAAAUAAAUUUAGUUAAUUUUUUUUCCCAGUUAAUCGUUUAUUUUCAGUUUCCAAAUAUUUUUUUCAGUAACUUUUUAUUUUAAAUAUUUUACAUUUUAAAAAUAUAUAUUUCUGUUCCAGAUUUUAAAUUAUUUUCCUUUUUUUAAGCAGGUUUUAUGGCCCUUAUUUAGCUCCAUACUGCAUCUCUGACCUCUGCUGACAAACAGCUUAGCCCUGAUGCAAACCUCCAGGUUGGCCCAGCAGAGGUCAGAGGUCACAGCUCAUGGAYGGCGGAUCUGACUAUGCAUCCUGACUGUCUGAACCUCAAGUCUGCUAUAAAUUACCUCAGAUUCAGUUUUUACAGUUUUAAAUCUAAAACCUCUCAGAUCGKUUCCGUUUCAGAAACGGUUCGAUGCGACGAACCCGGACCGGGUCGCUGAACCGGGCCGCCGGGUCCUGAGCAGACUCGACGUUCAGCAGAUGUUUGCUUUCUUUGCCCCGAUAGAACCCAAUCACUGAAAGGAUCAAGAUAUUUAUUUGUAGGCUACGAACAGAACCGUAUCCAGUAUGUUAAUAAAGAUGGAAAACCCUCAGA